AUGGCAUCUGGUAAAAUUGGAGGAAAGUACGAAAAAAGGACAGCUGAGGAUUUCAUCAGUGGGCACGUUCCGAUGGAUGACAGGAAUGUUGAAGGAAUCGAUGAGUGUAUUUCGGAACUUGAGCAAGAAUUGAACACUGCUUUGUCAGACGUUGCUCAUCUCGUUGAUCGAAGCUAUCAGAAAUUCGUGCCUGAAAUAUUGGCCGAAAAUAAAUUGCUGAAUAAGCUGAAUGAUGUGAUGAGAAGUGCGGAAAGUUCAGAAAAUGAGAUCCGUCAACGCAUAGCAGCAAUCGAAAAAGACAUUCAAGAUUAUAAGGCUAAAGGUUUUCUGUUACGUUUAUCGCAUUUGAGAGAGUGCAAAGAGACAAUAGCCGUGCUCGAGGAUAUCGAACAAAAUUUCGUUCGUCUUCUGCACACGCCAGUUGAAGCCGACGAAGACAGUGCACUUGUGAACGCUCGGCUGAUUGCCGAUACCGAGCAACGUAUUGAUAGCAUCAAUAAGAAUGAAGCUGAUAUCGAAGGUGUGGUAAUGGAUCGUAUCUAUCCAGUGUUGCAAGAACAACUGGAAACAAUGAAGGCAUCAUUGGCCGUUUACUUAACGAAUUUCUUCGAGAAUCUAUUCGAAAUGAGUAGCGAUGAAUCUACAAAUUUGCGUGUUCUUAAAGUUGCUUGUGAACAUCCAUCGAAAGUUUCAAAGCAUUUAUCCGCAAUGCAAACGUUAGGACUAUUGGACAGUGCAUUGGCAAGACUUUGUACAUGGAUACUGAGAGAUAUGUGUGCAUAUAUAAUCAGAUCCAAAACACCUGAAGAUGUGUUCUCGCUAAAUGAGUCUGUUGGAGCGAUAGUUGGUAAACGCGAAUAUCGAAUCAGAACUGAUCUGCCGACUGCUGAAGCGCUGAAGAAACCCAAUCCUACAGCAACUUUCGAGACGUUGGCGAAAUUCUUCGAAUCGUUAAGCGAUGAUUGUAAAGGUGUAUCAAUAAACGAUGUGUCGUUGAUUGGAAUGAUCGGGAAGAAGAUAUGCGCCGAAUUGGUCGAUAUGCUCGUUAAAGAAUGCUUAACACCAGCCGUUCCGUACAGCAACGAUGAACGAUCUGAUUUUGAAGUUUUAUUGAACGAAGCUGAUGAUCUUCACAAACAUUUGAUCCAGCUGGGUUUAUUCACUGCGGAUUCAGUGACGUUCAAACAGUUCGCAGAUAGUUAUAAUACGGUCUUUAUCAAUCGACGGUGUACCGCAUUCAUUCAAAAAGCACGAUCACUGAUCAAUGCCCCGUUUGUACCUCUCGUUGAUGUGGGCAGUGGAGAGCUGGAAAAGCGACAGGCAACAGAAGCGUUCAAGAAGGCGAAUUCGUUUGUUGGCAAAACUUUCACUUCAGAGCAUUGUCCAUCGCUAAUGCAAUUUAUGCGCUGCAAAAUUAGUGAUUCAUGUUCGAAACUGUGGGAUAUCAUCGAAGAGUGUUUGAGAGAAGCAGCCAACGCAGAUUCGGAUGUUGCUGCCGGUCGUUUAUUUCAGACAGCACUCAAUAUGGUUCAACUUUAUGUGCUCAUCGCUCCAAGGCAACACGAGGCACAACUUUCGUCAGUACCUCUUAUGACUGCCGUUUUCUACAACAAUUGUCAUUACUUAACGCAUUGUCUAAUGGGCGCAUCUAUUGAUUUACAUCCAGCCAUUGUGAAAGCAAUGAAUGGUGUAUCGUGUGGAAUAUCUCUAAUAGAAUCAGUUCCACGCUUGCGAAAAGUUGCUGCCGAGUUGAUGGAAUGUCAAUUGGCGCAGUGCAGACGUCAAAUAUCCACUAUCCUCAGCGAUGAUCAAAUGUUCAUUGGGCUGCAUCAAAAUGAACGUUUGAAUAUGUGUGAAAAAACACUCGACGGUUGUUUCAUGCAUCUGAAGCAAAUUGCGACGGUGUGGCGAGAGGUAUUAACCGAAACAGUUUAUGGUAAUUCAGUGGGAGAUUUGGUGUCAUAUAUGCUGACGACGAUCAACCAGUUUGUGCUGAAAACUGAAGAUAUUCGCGCAUCAGAUUCGCAAAUUAUGGUUUACAAAAUGCAGCAAUUGUUGAAGAAUGUUGAAGGAUUGUUCACUUUUGGUAAUGACAAACGCUCGUCAUCAAUUCAUCGUUUCACGGAAAAUUCUUACUAUCGUACCAAAGAAAUCAUUUUCUGUCUGGAUGCAAGUUUAGAGGAUUUGAGUGAUCGAUGGUGUAAUGGAAAGGGACCAAUGGCGCAAUGGUUGAGCGCAGUUGAGGUUCGUGGUUUGAUCAAGGCUCUUUUUCAGAACACAGCAAAACGAUCGAAAAUCCUCGCCACAAUCAAAUAA